CGUUGCUUUUCAUCCAUCUGUGCUCGUCGUCCCUUCCACCGCCCCUCCCCCACGCCAUGAAGAACGUUCUCCUCGCCCUCAUCACCGUCGCCGUCUCUACCGGCUUUGCGGCUGCGCAGUUCCAGGUUAACACUCCCAACAACGUCCUUGAGUGUGUCCCGACUCAAAUCACAUGGACUGCUGGUGGAACUGCCCCCUAUGUUCUGGUGGUCAAUGCAAACGAUGCGAACGGCGCCGUUCUUGAACAGUUUUCGGGCAUCAACCAGACCUCAUUCACAUGGACGACCGACAUUCCUUCCGGUCAAGCCGUCGGGUUCAACGUCCGCGAUGCCACCGGUACCAAUGAGCAAUCUGCUGCUGUUACUAUCCUGCCUGGCACUUCUACCAGUUGCAUCACAAGUGCUGGAGCCUCGGCUACCCCUACUUCGGCGGCCUCUACCGGUGGAUCCACCUCUGGUGGCGUUCCUAGCACUGCCAGCACCUCUGGAUUGUCUGCUUCAAACUCUGCUGGCAGCGGCACCGGAUCCGCGUCCUCCCCUCUCUCGACUGCUCCCUCGUCCAGUGGCUCCAGCGGUUCCAGCGGUACCUCUUCCGCCUCCGGCUCUAGCCCGUCCACGACCGGCGGCAGCAAUGGCGCUCUGGGUAAUAGUGUUGCCAUUGGGGCUGUUGGAUUCAUCGGUGCCGCCGUCGCUGCCAUCAUGGCGUGAGCUGUUAUUCCCCCGGUUGCAUCGAUAGAAAAUGUCGAUCGUCAUUUGGCUCGAUCGAGUCGGGUCGUGCCGCUUCUAUCCGUACGGACAAUACGGACACAGUACUUUCCAGCCAUGCGUAGUGGCAAUCUCACUCCGACCGCUCUUUGCCUCAAGUAGUCUCUGUUGUAAUACCCCCUUCUUCACUCUUGUUGUCAGAUUGACCCUCCGCCUAUGUUUGUCAUAUACAGACUGUAAUAUUCCCUUUAGUCUCCUUCGAAUUAGUGAUCUACAUACCAUUGUGAUUCUCGUUUCUUGUGAUAGAUUCUCCGAUCUACGUAUACAGUGGCUUCUCGUUCCGGCCAGUGAGGGAAA